AUGGAUCAUAUACCUUCAUUGCCUAGAUCCUUCAACGGCAACACCGAAUUGUUGAUCUUCGUGGAUCUAUUCUCGGGAUAUGUGAUCGCCAAAGCCAGCGCCUCUAGAUCCGCACAGACAAUCGCGGAGACCUACGAGGAGUGUGUCUUCCGCCGGUUUGCGAGGCACGAUCGGGAGCCAGGCUUUAUGUCUGACUUCUUUAAGUCGUUCAACAAGAUCCUGGGACAACGUCAACGGGCUACUACGGCGUAUCGACCCCAAGCCAAUGGAUCCGCAGAGCGUAUGGUCCAGACAACUACCAGGGCUCUUAAGAUAUAUGUGGAGGAUUUAGAUCAACGAGAUUGGGGCGAGUAUGCUGAGCGGCUCACAUUCGCGACCAACACUGCAAGAGACCGGAUCCGAGGUGAAACCCCUUUCUACCUGAUACAUGGUUGGGAUCCUAGAUCUACUCUGGAGGCGGUGAUCCCGGUGGGGAGUACUCGCAGGCACGAUCGAGAUCCGAGAAGGUGGCGAUAUAGAAUGCAAAAGUACUACCGACAAGCUCGAGAACAAGUGAAUCAGCGUUUACGCGAAGCAAUCGCGGAUCGAGCCGACACCCAUAAUGAUCUGGUACAUCCACACCUUGUGGAGGCUGGAUCAAGAGUCUGGUUGUACUUAGAUCGAGUACGCGAAGGAUAUGCGAAGAAACUGGCGCACCUAUGGCAUGGGCCAUUUCGUGUCGCUGAGAAGAUCGGAGAAUAUGCAGUGAGGUUGGAGAUUGCAGGAUCCACAUACAGCAUUUUCCCGGUGGUGCAUGUCUCGAAGAUCAAACUGGUCAAGAUAUUUCCAGAUCGACCAGUAGCUCGCCUAGAGGAGCCGGAUAGAGAUCGGGUGGAUUUCGAUGAAGCUCUCCUACCGGAAGAUAGUUGGAUCCAGGAUCGGGGUCCAGAUGAAUACGAAGUGGAUCGAAUUUCCGAUAUGAGGACUGGCAAGAGGACUAGAUAUGGACGGAUCUAUCGAGAAUUUUUGGUACAUUGGCGCGGAUAUGAAGAUCCGACUUGGGUGGAUGAAGCAGAUCUCAAUUGCGGCGCUCUUCUUUAUGAGUUCCUGCGAGAUCGCACGAAUCGCAACCGGUUUGGAGUGAUGCAAUCUCAUGAAGAGUCUUAA